CAAUGUGAGAAAGGAUGGUGACGUAUAUUUCAACACUGGUGACAUGAUGGUCAAAGACAAAGACUAUAAUAUAUAUUUCAACGACAGGAUCGGGGACACCUUUAGGUGGAAAGGUGAAAAUAUUUCUACUACAGAAGUUAGCAAUGUCCUCACUGAUAUAGAUUUUGUCGUAGACGCUUGUGUGUAUGGUGUCCCCAUUCCAGGACAUGACGGAAAAGCUGGUAUGGCAACGCUUCUAAUAAAACCGGAAGUCACUGAUAUUUCUGACAAAGAACUGUCUGUCAUUUCAACUCACUGUCAACAUUCACUUCCGGUCUAUGCCAUUCCAAUGUUUCUGCGCUUGAAAUGGGGAGAGCUGGAUAUGACGUCAACGAUAAAACAGUCGAAGGUGAAAUUGAAGGAAGAAGGCUUCGAUUAUUGGACAGUUGGAGACCCAUUGUUUUAUUACGAGAAAUCCACAAAAACUUUCAAAAAUAUCACAAAAGAAACGUUUGAAGAUAUCAAUAACCAAUCAAUCCUGUUCUGAAAUACCGAAUUGUUUAAAGGCACAUUAUGUCUCAGAAUUCCAUUUUUUUUUAAUUCUUAAGAAAUGUCAAUCAUGUGUUUUCUAAUAUUUUAAUAAUGGAUUUAGAGCAUGUUAGAUGCAGUGUGUGUCGUAAAGUUAGAAAAGUAUAAACAAAGUAGUAUUUUGAUUUCCAAAUAAAAUGUUAGUUUACAAUAAUUAUGCUUAUUGACAACAUAGCCACAGAGCAAAAAUAAUUCAUCUAUAUAGGAACGAAUAAAGUUUAUGAAAACUGUAACAAGAUACCAAAAAUAAAAAAGGUUUUGAGAAAUAAAAAUGAUAGUAUUUCUGAGGCACAAUGGGUCUUUAAUAAUUUAAUGAAUUAAGGAUUUUAUAAUUAUUCAAAGUAUACCUACUUAGAAUGCAUUUUCAAAAAAUGCAUUGCCGAAUAGAUAUUUCAAAACUGUUUAUAUAAAUGCAUAUUGUAUUUUUUUUUCAACAGUUAAGAAUUUAAAUUAAAACAUACAAAUUACAACAUACAAAUAAUCUCGAUCUGAAAACUUGUUUUAAAAUUAUCUUUUUGGACGCAUAUAUUAUGAUCCUAAAUAAAUUAUCAUAUAGGCCUAAUCGAUGAAAAUUAACACAGUUUAUACAAUUUAACACUGUUAUAGCCUGUCAUAUCUACUGAACAUGUAUACACGUUUAGCACCAUGCACCUAUACCAGGUUGCUUUGCUCCAAAUAGGUGUCCAAGUUCCGGUGCUCUUAUCAUGAAGUUAUGCCUGAAUUUAAUAUUAUCUUAUUAACAUGGCGAUUUUUAUUGCUUUGACAUCAUUUCUAUCCAUAUUGCAGUUUGUUAUGUAUUUUUAUGUUAUACAUGUUGUACAAAUUUUAUACAUGAUAUCUGAAUCUUAUAAAACACAAAAACAAAAUGACAUGAGUCUUUAUGGGAAGACAAAUAUAUAUACAUAUGUUU